AUGGUAAGUUCUGAUCGUGAUGAUUGCUGUGGAUUAUUUACUUUACUAACGAUCCGUAAUUGCAGCCUCUACCUGUUCUAUGCUGCUUUUGCCGUCACUUAUAUCUGCCCAUUGGGCGAGCAACUGGGCAAGGAACCCCUUCUGAUUUGCCAAUCCACUCAUGAUGUCUACCACAAGGUCAAUCCGUACUAUGCCACCUACGUGUCUGCGCCAGUUGCUCCUUACGCCGCAAAACUGAGUCCAAUUGCUGGCCAAGUCAAGCAAAAGUUUGACGAUUCUGUUGUCGCCCCCGUUUCUGGGUUGUAUGAGAAGCACCUGGCCAAGCAUACUUCCAAGGCUGGUGGGGUUUACACUGCCCACUUGAAGCCUACCGUUACCAAGGUUCAGUCUCUGUACUCUAGCAAGUUGCAUCCCCAUGUAUUGAGCUAUGGUUCUAAGGGAUUGAAGUGGAUUGACCAGCAGGUUCUGCUGGGCUCUGCCAAGACCCGCACUGCUGCCAUUCACGGCUGGGCUUUCACUCGUGCCAAGUCAGCUGAGAUUUAUGAGGUGACCAAGGCCAAGAGCAUUGAGGGCUACCAUGCUGGUGUUGCCUACACCAAGUCGACUGUGUGGCCCAAGACUGUCAGAUUCUCGCAAUUGGCGUGGUUGCAUGGCACGAUCUUUGGUACUAAGGCCUGGGGCGUCACCUCUAGUGCCUAUGUCUCUCACGUCCAUCCAUCUUUGAUAAAGGCCUACUACCUCCUCAAGCUGGAUGUCGUUUACGGCAAGUAUCAGGAGUGGUUAACCUCACCUUUUGGCCAGUACCUGACCUCCACUGCAAGUAGUAUCACGUCAUUCGUCUACACCAAGGUGUACGAAGGUUGGGUAGUCCUGAGCGGGGCCGAGGUCCGUAACAAGAUUGGUGAGCAAUAUGCAGAGAUUGAGCACCAGAUCGAGGAGAAGAAGGAGUUCCUGAAGGGCGAGUUCAAUAGGAUAUUUAGCGCUGGAUUUAACACCGAUAUUGACCGUUAUUCCCAGAAGGUAGAAACCCCCAAGGCCGAAUCUACCUUGAAAAAGGAGGUCAAAAAGGUUCCUGAGUCGUCGAAGUCAGCCUCACCUUCAUCAAAAUCAUCCACUUCAACGACAUCGUCAUCCUCAUCCCCAGCUCCUGUUGACUCGGAGACUCCAGAUCAAUACCAGAAGUACCAGGACUAUCUUCUGGGAACCUCGAAGAGUGCUUUGGAAAACUUCACCAGAGAUGUUGAACGUCUUGAGAUAGAGAUUUCUGAUGAGUUGACUUCGAGUAUGAAGCCUAAACUUCAGGCUUUAAGCAAAACUGUCAACUCGGGCUACGAGGAGGUACAUUCUCUGCUACAUGAAAUAGACAGAGUAUGCGAAGCUGAUGAACAAGACUGUCCUCCCGUUGAGUACGUCUCAAGACAAGAUUUCAGAGACGCAUUAGCCAAACUGGCAGACAAUGUGAAUGACAGAGGCGCUGCGGCUAGGAAAGAGCUGGAUAUCUAUAGCGAGAAGCUUUCCCAGGAUAUCCUAUCUACAAGAUCUCAAAUAUUGGAGAUAUUACAGGAUUUUGCGGACGCUUCUUUGCAAGAAUAUUCGCACGCCAUUAUGGAUGCUUCCGGGAAGGAAAGACCAACUGAUAAUGCUGAGGACACUUGGGAUGAAUGGAAGAGAUUUCACAACGUGAAAAAUCAGAUAUUCGCAACCAGAGAUGAGAUUCUCACGACUGAGCCAAAACUCGAGAAGUUCAAGAAACUUCUUUCUGACUUGAACACCACUCUUUACGUCUUGGUGAAUGAAAGCGGUCAAUAUUUGGCUAUCCUAAGAGCUCAGGCUAACCUAAAGUUCCAGGCGAGAGAGGCGAGAGAAGCAAAAGAGAAGGCUUCCAAAGCAGAGGUUGAGUCUGAAGGAACUGCAGGUAACGAAGAGUACGACGAAGAGUACGAGGAUGUUGAAACAGAAACGGUAGUCAAAUACAUCACCAUGACUAUUGAUGAUGACGGUCACACGUUAUCGUCUAGUGAGACUGUGGAAACUCCAGUGAUUAUAGAUGAUGGUUCCGUUAGUCAUCAGAAACACUUUGCGAUUGAAGAUGAAAUUGCGGACGAGACUGUUGAUGGAGCUGUUGACGAGGCCGUGAAUGUUGAAUCCCCCGUUACUGAAGAUACGCCCAUAGUUAAAGAGGAGGCUGAGGACGAAAACCUGAAUGAAAAACUCAGGGACUUUGAAAGUAUAUACAGUGCAGAGUCCGGAGAAUCUAGCGAGGUUUAG